AUGGCAAAAGUAUUGAUUCUUUUGCUUGGGAGCCUCGUGGCUCUAUGUGCCGGGCAUGGAGUGUUUAUGGAAAAACUUUCUUCUAAGAAGUUGUGUGCAGAUGAGGAGUGUGUCUAUACUAUUUCUCUGGCUAAAGCACAGGACGAUUACAAUGCCCCAGACUGUAGGUUCAUCAAUGUCAAGAAAGGACAGCAAAUCUAUGUUUACUCCAAGUUGGUAAAAGAAAAUGGAGCUGGAGAGUUUUGGGCUGGCAGUGUUUACGGUGACCACCAGGACGAGAUGGGAAUUGUGGGCUAUUUCCCCUGCAACUUGGUUGAAGAGCAACGAGUAUACCAGGAGGCCACCAAGGAAGUCCCAACCACGGAUAUUGACUUCUUCUGUGAAUAA